AGAUGAAAAGCUUGGAACCAUCCUUAGUUUCUUUACCAAAUCUCACACAUCUUACAGUGACAUGUCCUUAUGGGCUGACCACUUUGAUGACGUCAUCAACUGCACGAAGCUUGGUCCAUCUCACGCAUCUCUCAAUUGCUCACUGCGAUCGAAUAGGGGAAAUCAUAUCGAAGCACGAAGGAGAGGAUGAUGAGGAUAAGGAAAUCUUUUUCAACAAAUUGCAGUACUUGCAACUUUGUGACCUACCAAGACUAAAGAGAUUUUGCGGCCAUAAUUAUACUUUCAGGUUUCCAUUAUUGGAUACUCUAAUCAUAGAAAGAUGUCCAAAACUGGAAAUAUUCUCUCCAGGACUCAUUGAUACACCAUCUCUUCAAAGCAUUCAGUUGUCACACGGUGGGGGAAAGCGUCAUGAAAUUUGGGACACCAACCUUAACAAAACAAUCCACCAACAGAGAUUGGUCACUAAAAGAGAGAUGGUGUUAUAUGAGGAUGAUGUUAGCAUGAUAAGGAAUGACCAAUUUCCAGCGCACCAUUUUUCUCACGUGGAAAUUCUUCGCAUAGAAAAAUUUCGUGAUAAAGGGGGAACUCUGCCUUGCCAAUUUGACGGUGCUGGAGGUGUCCGGAUGUCGUCAGCUCAUUCAUUUAAUGACAAAUUCAACUGCAAAAAGCUUGAUCAAUCUUAAAACACUGAGGAUAAGGUACUGCUAUAAGAUGGAAGAAAUUGUAAUGAAACAGGAAGGAGAGGAUGAUGAGGGCAAGGAAAUCGUUUUCAGCAAACUGAAGCUUUUGGAACUUGAAUAUUUACAAGGAUUGAAGAGAUUCUGUGGCCACAGUUAUACUUUUAGGUUUCCAUUAUUAGAAUGUUUAACUAUAACAGAUUGUCCUCGGCUCACAAUGUUCUGUCCAGGUAACAUUCAUGCCCCGCAUCUUCAAAGCAUUCAAGUAUAUAGGGACAGAUUUGAUCAUCAUAAAGAUAUUUGGAUGACCGAUCUUAACAAUACCAUCCAACAUCGGUUUAUUACUCCA